AUGUCCUUCGUUAGCUCCACAUCGCUGCUUUCAGCACAGACCAGCGCGGCCACCGGCCAGGAAUUGGUCAAUGACAUAACCCUCAACAAUGGCCCCGAAGAUACCAUCACAGACUUGUCCUUUUCGCCCCAGCAGGACCUUUUGGCGGUCGCCUCCUGGGACAAGAAGGUUCGCAUCUACGACAUUGACCCCAACACCGGAAACAACCAGGGCCGUGCCCUCUUCGAGCAUGAUGGACCGGUGUUCAGCGCGAGAUGGCUGACUGACGGAACGAGGGUGUGUAGUGGAGGCGCCGAUAACAAGGUAAAGCUCUUUGAUUUGGCCUCGCAGCAGGCGCAACAGAUCGGUGUGCACGAUGCGCCAGUGAGGGCUGUUCGUUCUGUUCAGUGCGGACCCACCAACACCGAAGUGGUUGUCUCUGGCUCUUGGGAUAAGACAUUGAAAUACUGGGACAUGAGACUGCCGCAGCCCAUCUCGGUGAUCCAGCUUCCGGAGAAGGUAUAUUGCAUGGACUCGUCCCAGAAGCUUUUGGUGGUGGGUUGUGCUGAGAGACACAUCUCCAUCAUUGACUUGACCAAUCCACAGCAGAUCUACAAAUCGGCCAUGUCGCCAUUGAAGUACCAGACCCGUUGUGUGUCCUGCUAUCCUGCGGGAGACGGGUUUGCGAUCGGUUCCAUCGAGGCCAGAUGUGCCAUCCAAUACAUUGACGAUGCAGAGCAGCAGAAGAAGGGGUUCUCGUUCCGUUGUCACCGGAAAACAAGCAACGGCAUCAAUGCCACACGCACCACGACCGCUGCCAACUCCGAGUUCCUCAUCUAUCCCCUCAAUUGCAUCUCUUUCCAUCCGAUUCAUGGAACCUUCUCUACGGCUGGCUCCGACGGAACAUUCUGCUUCUGGGACAAGGACGCCAGACAACGGUUGAAGAACUUCCCCAACGUCGGCGCGCCCAUCACUGCCACUGCAUUCAACCGCAAUGGAACAAUAUUUGCCUAUGCUAGGGGCUACGACUGGUCUCUUGGAUACCAGGGAAACAGACAAGACAUUCCUACCGAUGUCAAAUUGCAUGCACUGAAGGAUGACGAGAUCAAACAAAAGAAGGUCACAAAGCGUUAG